CUACGUCUGACGCUCCUACCGCCGCGGACCAAGUCCGGGGUGGUGGACGUUGAUGUGCGAGCGCGCCAAAGAUUCUUCUGGGCAUCGCUUGUAUAUAAGACCAGGGAUACAUGCAAUGAGCGAUGACGACAACCCGCUCCUCCCUCCUCAUUGCUCAUCUCUUACUUAGACAAGGACAUCUCUGUCCUGUAGACUAUCUAGACCUCUACACCAAUAGACUGCCCCGGCGCCCCACACACAACAAUGUCGCGUGACUCUGCCCCCACGAUUGGCAUCAACGGCUUUGGCCGCAUCGGCCGCCAGCUUUUCCGGAUGUGUCUUGAGCGCGCCGAUGUCAACCUUGUCGCCGUCAACCACACCGCCGCCUCGCUCGAGCACCUUCUCACCGCUAUCCGCUUCGACUCGACUCACGGCCCCUGUCGCCAGGCGAGCGAGAUCCGCAUCGCCCCCAAGAACCAUCCUCUCCUCCUCCAGCCCACGGAGAGCAACCCCAACCCCUCCGCCCUCCUCUACCGCAACAAGGUUAUCCACCUGUUCUCGCAGCGCGACGCCACCAAGCUCGACUGGGCCGCCGCCGGUGCCGACUACAUCAUGGAAUCGACCGGCAAGAUGACGACUGUGGAGAAGGCUUCAGCCCACCUCCAGGGCGGCAAGGCCAAGAAGGUCAUUAUCUCUGCGCCCUCCAAGGACGCCAAGAACAUCGUCUUCGGCGUCAACCACACCGACUACGCUGGUGACAAGGUCAUCUCCAAUGCUUCGUGCACCACCAACUGCAUGGCGCCAAUCGCUGCUGUUCUCCACAAGACCUUCGGCGUCGACCACGGCAUGAUGACCACCAUCCACGCCUCCACUGCCUCGCAGAAGGUCCUCGAUGGGUUCAGUGCCAAGGACAUCCGCUCCGGCCGCUCUGCUAUGGGCAACAUCAUCCCUGCUUCUACUGGUGCCGCGCAGGCUGUCGUCCGCGUCCUUCCUGAGCUAGCGGGCAAGUUCCAGGGCCUCUCGGUCCGCGUGCCAGUCACCAACGUCUCGCUGGUCAACCUUACCGUCCGCACCACCAAGCCCUUCGGUAGCAAGCAGGAGCUGAUGGACGCGUUCCACAAGGCUGCGCAGACCCCCGUCUCCGUCGGCGGCCUCAAGGGCGUCCUCGGCGUCAGCGAGGAGAAGCUCGUCUCCUCCGACUACCUCUCCUCCUGGGAAAGCUCGAUCAUCGACGAGGAUGCCUCGAUCGUCCUCGGCGAUGGCCACACUGCCACCCUCAUCGCCUGGUACGACAACGAGUCCGGCUUCUCCGCCCGCAUGCUUGACCUCGCCGUCUACAUCCACCGCCGUGACCAGCUGCGUGGGUGGCCCCACACCACCGCCUAAUAGGGUGGGUGACUGAACAAUGAAUUUGGGGAGAAGAUGUGCAUAGAGCCUCAGGGCAUCAUAGAUCGGGAUUUGUG